UCAAUAUUCUUUUUUGCAAUAGAAAGAUUCUUUCUUAGAUAAAUAUUAAUUAUAAUGAUUGAAUAAUAGUUGUUGGAAAAUUAUACGUAAUUGAAAAAUGUCACACGUAACUCACGAAUCAAAAAAUUGCGCGAAUCGAUGAUAAUCACGUGGUGUCGGCUUGGUCUACGCAUGCGUAUUAGCUGAUAAAUUUUAGCAUCUGUGAAUUAUUUACGUUGGAGUAAAUUAAUAUAAAAAAUCAUGGCAUCGUUAAUUCAAUAUUUUAAAUCAAUUCCUACUCACAUGGAUUAUGAUGGUCAAGCAAGAGCAGAAAAAUUAUCUAGAAUUAUAGUAACUCUUUUUGGAGCUGUAGGUUUAAUUUGGGGCUACAUCAUACAAGAGUUUUCUCAAUCAUUAUAUAUCCUUGGAGCUGGAUUUUUAAUGGCCAUGAUUAUCACAGUUCCCCCAUGGCCAAUGUACAGGAGAAAACCAUUAGAUUGGCAAAAACCACAAAGUGAAGUUCCUACAAAAAAUAAAAAGAAAAAAAAUAUAGUAAAUGAUAAGAGUACAACAUUCUGACUGAUUACCUGUGAGUAUAGAGUGUCAAUUACUCAUGAAACUAAUGCACAUAUGUUCAACAUUGGAUUCAUUCCAACGACUUUCAUCGAUUACAUUCUUUAUUUUCUCUUGUCACAAACUAAAGUCGGGAAUAUUUUCUUUGAGACCGAAUAAAUGCGAAAAGAACGACUUUGAAAUAUGCUUAAUACUUUCACAAUGAUACUUAAAACCGCAAAACAUGUUAGAAAAAAUUUAAUAAAUUCAAUCAUUUUAAUAAA